AUGUCCUCAUAUCAAACUGUAACCAACAUUAACCAAGCCAACCUCGUACAACAAGCCCUCAAAGCUAAAAGCCGAGCAGUGCCGCCCGCCUACCUCCGUUCGUCCCUCCGGGCGCUCCUCUCCCAAGGCCCCGGGACCCAGAAACUCUUCGUCGAACACGCCCGUUCGCGCCUCCAAGAAACACCGCCCCAGCUCACAGAGGCCUCGAAACUGUUUCCAGCCCACGACGCAUGCUCCCCAGAAUGCAUCGAGUAUCUUGCCCUGACGAGAUGUCUAUUCUCAUCGAAGCUCGCCAGCGAAUCUCUCACCUACUUGACACACUUUGUCGAAUCCAUUAUCCGAGCACACGCCUCAUGGACGGCCCAAUCCCCCCUCUCCCAGCACGUGGACAAAUUCGCCGGCGACACCGUCCAGGCCAUGCAGGCGCUCAAAGAGUCGGCGCCCGAGAAAAGCACCAAGCUCAAGGAGGACCUGCAAGCGCUGCUGGCCAGCUUCGCAUCCUGCCAGACGUACUGCGCCAGCUCGGGGCUCGAGUACCCCUUCAGCCGAGCGGAAAGACAAGCCAGGGACACGCUGCAGCUGUUCUUUGCAGAUGCCGCCGCCGCCCAACAGGCGCCGUCCAGCCACGGGGACCGCAUCAUCAACCUCGCCUCGCCGCCAGCCGGGGCCGUUGAGAAGUUCGCCCUGGGAAACAGGCACUUGCCGCGGCUCUUCAACGGCCUCUGGCAGCUGUCCUCGCCCGCCUUUGGGGUGGGCAACUGGCACCAGCAGCAGCGGAAGCUCGUGAAGCUGGUCGAGGCGGGAUUGGUGGCCGCCGACAUGGCCGACCACUACGGGGACGCGGAACUCGUCUACGGCGAUUUCCGCAACAGACUGCCCGCGGCGACGCAAGCCGAAAUAUACGCCGCCACAAAGUGGUGCGUCUUCAAGCCGCUCAACGCACCCGUCACAACAGAGUACGUCCUGGCUGCCGUGAGAGAGCGCUGCAGGCGUCUAGGCGGGCGUGUAGACUUGCUCCAAUUCCACUGGUACGAUCUAACGUUCCACCCUCCCCCAAAAAAGUGCGGCGGCCUCCUGACGGAGAAGUGGGUGAACCAACCACCGCCAGACAUAUACUCGCCCUCGAACCCUCUCAACCCGUCGCAGCGGAAAUACCUCGACAUGAUCAACCACUGGGGCACGUGGCAGGAGUUCCAGUCCCUCCUGGGCACCCUGUCUCUCCUCGCGACAAAGUACAAUGUUAGCAUUGCCGAUGUCGCGAGUCGGUGGGUGUUGCAGCAGCCGUCGGUGGGCGCCGUCCUCGUCGGGACGAGAUUAGGCGUGUCGGAUCGCUGCGCCGAUGCGCUCCACGUGUUUGGAUGGAACUUGAGCAAUGCCGACAUUAUGGCCAUUGAUGCGUUUGCGCAUGGCAACAACGGCGAGAAGCUGCAUGCCGUGUAUCAGAAGAUUGGCGACUGCGGACAGGAAUACAGAGGGAUGAGGGCGUAA